AUUUUUGGUGCGCAUGCGUAUAAUGAAUCAGGCUUUUGCCUUUUCAUUUUCCUCGAAAAAUUAAGCGUUUUUUGACUAUAUUUUGCAUUGCUGUGUUAUGGUAUAGAAAUAGAUCUGAUAACUGGUGCGUAUUUAUUCUAUUGCGAUAAAAAAUUUUAAUCCAAGUAAUUUUUAUACGACUUAUUCCGAUGCAAUUGAAGGGCGUAUGAUUUUGAGCAAUUUUUUACUUGAUUUAAUUAGUACAUGCAAUGACGAAAAAGAUGUUAUUUAAUUUAAACAUCAACAAAAUACUCUCAACUGAUAUACAUUUAGUUUUGGCUCUUGGACGUCAUAAUUUUUAGAUUGUAAAGCGAAAGGAAGCAGCUAAAACGCAUUCUCUUUCCAAGUAUAUUAGUCGCCAUUUUGGUAGAGAAUUUGCGGCACACGUGUUUUGUCCCAAAAGAUACCUUUUAGUGACAAGCUUGUUGGUUUAAAUUAAAGCUUUAAAUUAUGUUAUGCUAGUCGGGCAGAUAAUUGCAUUUAUUAAUUUUUCUAAUUUUAGCUGGUUAUAUGUAACGUGUAAACUCCUGCGUCGUAUAUCAGUCUAUAACCAUGACACUUUUGCAAUUUUUGCAGCUAACCGUCCACCAUGUCUGAAAGCAUACGUAGUCUUGAAGAAACGUUCGGUAAGCUAGACGCUCAAGAAUUAGAGACGAUUGAAAAGCUGAAUUGUUCUGAACCGGAAACAACUAUCAAUGGCGAAGAUUACGACCGUUCGUCAACUCCAACCGAUGACAGUGGAACGGGUAGUCAGAAUAAUAAUGUGAAUCCACAGUUCCGAUGUGAACUUUGUCAUGAAACACUAGUUUCUCCUAGAAUUCUAUUGUGUUUACAUGAAUUCUGCUCAGCUUGCUUGGAAAAGAAAGCGAAAGAGACGCAAGAUGAAGAUUGUACUUUGAGUCUACAGUUGUUGGAAUGUCCAGAGUGCGGUCAGACGACGCCACUCGGAGAACGAGGGGUGUCGGGACUAGAAUUAGAUCACGUGAUAUCUAUGCUAAUAGAUAUUGACGGAAUUAAGGAAGGACGGAAAUUGUUAUGCACAAGUUGCAAGUUUAAAGAAAAUGCGGUUGCAAGAUGCAAUGACUGUGCAACUUUUCUCUGUGCAAAUUGCGUUACUGCUCAUAACUAUAUGAGGUGUUUUGAAAAGCACCAAGUCGUUGCUAUCAACGAAUUACAAAGUUUGUGCGAUGACCAUCUAAAAAAUAAACCGCUAGCGUGCCAAGUUCAUCCCGCCGAUUCAUUGCAAUAUUUUUGCAGUAGUUGCCAAGUGCUUGCCUGUACUGAAUGCUUGUACAGCCAGCACAAGGAUCAUCCUUGUGACAGAGUACAAGAUGUGGCUGGUCGGUAUUCAUCUGAACUUCAGCAAAUGAUAACUCAAGGGCAGUCGAAGCUCUCUGUAUGUCAGACCACAGCGGAUCAGCUUAUGGGUCAAUUACAACAAUUGGAAGAAGAAAGACAAGAUGCUAAGAGUGCCAUUAACGAGGCAUUCCAUAGUUACAAAGCUAUUAUAAAAGAGAUAGAAGAGCAAACCCUAAAGGAAUUAGAAGAACUCCAUCAAGCUCAGAGAUCAGCUAUAAUGGAGGCAGUAGAAAAAGUGAAUAAAACGCAGGAGAGAUUGGAACAUGCUUAUAAAUUCACUGAACGGACUCUGACAAUGGGUAGCGGUGCUCAGAUGCUGGCGUUACGACAUGUUAUAACAUCUCAGCUACUAACAUUAAUAAACAACACCCCUGCACCCGAUGUGAGCGUUAGCAUUAAAUUCUCGUGCAACAUCGAUGAGUUUCGUCAAGCCGUUAAGGCCAAUUUUGGAACAUUCAGCGAAGCUCAAAAACCAAUCAAGAAAACUACUCCACCUCCAGUCAAUUCAUCUAAUCAGGAGGAAAAAGCGAUUUCACGUCAAAUGUCAAUUCCUAGAUCUUACAAGGAAGAUAUUGCAACCACAUUCGUUCCAUCAUCAGGUGUUCGACCUGUUCAAGGAAUCGGUAGCUUGAGCAUGACCACACCUUCUUCAACUGUGGUUCCGGAGCCAAUUGGUCAUUUUAAUCCAGACUAUUUGAAUGAAGUAAACAGUACUACUUACACGAAAGCUAAUAGUCUGGGGCCGAUAGGUUCCAAUCUUAUGAAUUCUGCAGUAGGUGGUGAUAGAGCUCCCCCACCUGGACUAGGAUCUCGUUCCUCGAGCAGAAAUUCGUUUAGUCCAACUAUGUGUGAUAGUGGAAUUAGCAUGGAAGCGGCAGCAAAUUCAGUCGCAAAUGGAACUAAUACUUUUGCUCAAGCUUUAACAAAGCAAAUUAGUUCAAAUGUGCCUUCCACCGAUUCAUUCUCAACAAGUCAUUGGACAAAUGCCUUUGACUCCACUGGUUCUGUUACAUCCAGUUCGAAAUUAUAUUCAAUUGACAUGCCGGGUUUUGAUUAUCUGCAAUCUAAUAAUAAUCCGUUUGGAGGAACCCGAAGUUCUUCUUCUUCAACUUUAUUCAACAAUCUUGAUACCGUUGGAACCUCUUUCAACACGCGGGCAACAAAUUCUGUUCUCAACAGUCAGGCUUCCAGUUUUAUACCGACGUCGUAUAGCGCGUCUUCCGAUUCUGCUGCUUUGCCCGCGAGGUCUCAAUCGAGAAUGUCUACUAUGCAAAUUCGAUGGAAAUUCGGCCAAUUGGGUCCAUCAAAGUCGCAGUUCAAUUCUCCCCACGGUUUUUGCUUGGGUGUUGAUGAAGAAAUUGUUGUUGCUGACACUAAUAAUCAUAGAGUUCAGAUUUUCGACAAAAGUGGAGAGUUUAUGUACCAGUUUGGAACUCCUGGUAGAGAUGAAGGUCAAUUGUGGUAUCCAAGAAAGGUAGCCGUGAUAAAGAAUAUGGGAAAGUUUGUUGUCUGUGACAGAGGAUCAGAGAGAUCUAGAAUGCAAAUUUUCACGAAGACUGGCCACUUCAUGAAGAAGAUAGCAAUUCGGUAUAUUGAUAUUGUGGCUGGCUUAGCGAUCAAGCCAGAUGGAUCAAUUGUUGCUGUUGACUCUGUCUCACCCACUGUUUUUGUUAUCAGUGACAACGGAGAUUUAGAGAAGUGGUUUGAUUGCAGUAAUUAUAUGCGAGAACCAAGCGAUAUCGCUGUAAAUUCAACGGAAUUUUUUGUGUGCGAUUUUAAGGGUCACUGUGUCGUUGUCUUUAACUUUCAAGGAGAGUUUCAAAGACGAAUUGGUUGUGAAAGCAUUACCAACUUUCCAAAUGGUAUCGAUAUAUCUUCAAGUGGAGAUAUCCUUGUGGGAGAUUCCCAUGGAAAUAGAUUUCAUGUGGCCAUUUUCCAAAAAGAUGGAACUCUAAUUGGUGAAUUUGAGUGCCCAUAUGUUAAAGUAUCAAGAUGCUGUGGGCUCAAAGUGACUUCUGAGGGUUACGUUGUUACGUAA